UCCCCCUCUUCAAAUAGAAACAAAAAAGCAAAUGGUAGUGACAAAGAGAGGCGUAGAGGCGCAGCCAAUUGCAGAAAUAAUGAGCCAGGACGCUCGCUCCUUCCGGUGGCCCAACGGCGAACUCGACGACAAGAACUUCCAGCUACACGGCCACAACCUCGUCCUCCUCCUCCUCAUCAUCUCCUUCCUCCUCCUCCUCCUCCUCCUAUGCUUCUACUUCCGCCGCAGAUGCUGUUACCAUUCAGCUUCUCCCUCAACUGCCGCCGCCGGUUGCAGUGGUUGCCAAGGGAUGGAAGAGGCGGCGGUGAGGAAGUUGCCGGUGAGAGUAAGGCUGGGAGAGGCGGCAGUGUGCUCUAUUUGCUUGAGUUUGUUAAUGGAAGGGGAGAAAGAGAAGGUUUUGCCGGGUUGCAGCCAUGGCUUCCACCCAGUGUGCGUGGAUGAGUGGCUGAGGAAGCGGUCGAGCUGUCCGGUCUGCCGAGCGAGCGUGACCGGCGAAGAGGAGAAGGUGGUACUCGCACUACCGGAGGUGGUGGUGGCGCUGGCGGCGGAGGUUUGAGGGAAUAUGUGAUUAGUUAGGACUACCUACUACCAAAAGUUUUUUUUUUUUUUUUAAUUCUUUUCUUUGUUUUGUUUGUUGAGUCCUUUGAUCAGUUAAAGGCGGAGCUUCCAGCCUUUAUGUGUAUAAAUAUAUGAGUUUUUAUGCAGCUUAAA